GGAAGUUGUGGAUAUAAACGGAACAGAGGAACCUGGUACACCUCUCAUUCAUAAUAUCAUAUGGCUUGAAGUUUCAGGCUUCCUCCCUGGCCACAGCUCAUGGAUUUCCUCACGGAGUAUCCCUACAAUGUCACUUAUUAUGACAACAGGACCGGGGCCCUCAACGGCACAGUCUGUGAGGCCAAGCACCAGUAUAACUACUAUGCCAUGCUCCUGACUCUGCUCAUCUUUGUCAUUGUCUUUGGAAAUGUGUUGGUGUGUAUGGCAGUCUCCCGAGAGAAAGCACUGCAGACCACCACUAAUUACCUCAUUGUCAGCCUGGCGGUAGCAGAUCUUCUAGUGGCCACAUUAGUUAUGCCCUGGGUCGUAUAUCUCGAGGUGGUGGGAGAGUGGCGUUUCAGUAAAAUCCACUGUGACAUCUUUGUCACUCUGGACGUCAUGAUGUGCACAGCCAGCAUUCUUAAUCUGUGUGCUAUUAGUAUCGACAGGUACACUGCUGUUGCCAUGCCGAUGUUGUACAACACACGCUACAGCUCCAAGAGACGAGUCACUGUAAUGAUCUCGGUGGUUUGGGUGCUUUCAUUUACUAUUUCCUGCCCCCUGCUGUUUGGGUUAAAUAACACAGCUACACGUGACGAUGCUGUGUGUGAGAUCGCCAACCCCGCAUUUGUGGUCUACUCCUCCAUCAUGUCUUUCUACGUGCCCUUCAUCAUCACCCUCCUCGUCUACGUACAGAUAUAUGUGGUUCUCCGGAAGCGGCGGAAACGGGUCAGCACUAAGCGAAGCUGCCAGAGGACAGAUGCUGAUGCUCUGCCCCCUCUCAAGGAAAAGUGCACUCAUCCUGAAGAUGUGAAACUGUGCACAGUGAUCAUUAAACCCAAUGGGGGUUUACCUGCCAAAAACAAGAAAGCAGAAGUUCUGCAUCAGGAUGGUGAUGUGGGAGAGGACAUUGUGGCCAGCAACAGUCCUCCAGAGAAAAAGAAACUACAAUCCACUUUGGCCGUUGACCUCUUGGCCAACCCGAGCCCCAGCCAUGCUUCACCAUCCCACGGUGAAUGCCAGCCAUAUGGAGAUGAGAAAAAUGGGCAUGCCAAGGAGAUCCAGACUCCAAAAGAAGCUAAACCUUUUGAAACGCAGGCAUUGCCCAAUGGCAAAACCCGAACUACAGUGACCAAAACCAUGAGCAAGAAGAAGUUGUCCCAGCAUAAAGAAAAGAAGGCUACUCAGAUGUUGGCUAUUGUUCUAGGUGUUUUCAUUAUUUGCUGGCUGCCCUUUUUUAUUACUCAUAUUUUAAAGACGCACUGCACAAGCUGCGUGGUGCCACUGGAAAUGUACAAUGCCUUCACGUGGCUGGGAUACGUGAACAGCGCCGUCAACCCCAUCAUAUAUACCACUUUCAAUGUGGAGUUCAGAAAGGCUUUCAUAAAGAUAUUGCAUUGCUGAGGACAUAAUUCACUGCAGGAAUAGAGGAGAGGAGAUGGGUGAUAUCAGUCUGGAUUUUCAGAAGAGGUUAGUGCCAUUCUUCACUGCUGUUUGAAAUGAAGGAUUUACAAAGCCACACUUUUAGGACACGGUGGUAGUGCUCUAUUGCAGAAAAUGGAGCUUUCAGUGCAG